CUGAUUUCGCUAUCUGCCACACCAUUUUCACACUCACUCACUCACCUUACCUUAGCAUGUGAAUCAUGGAAUACCCUCCAUCAUAUAGCUUCGCUUCCUCUUCUCACUCCUCCCACCAUCAACCACCCUCAACAUCCCUCUCUUCACAGCGCAGCCUUAUCUCAGUUCCAUCUCUCAACCCUUCCACCACCACCGCCGCCGCCGCCACCUUCCACCAGUGCCUCACCACCCUCAAGGGCCACACCUCCCACAUCUCCUCCCUAACCCUCUCCGGCAAAUUCCUUUACACGGGCUCCUCCGACAGGGAAAUCAGGUCCUGGAACCGCACCCCUCUCAGCUCCCACCCUCAAAACACCAUUCUCGCCGGAAACGGCGCCGUUAAGUCCUUGAUUAUUCAAUCCAACAAACUCUUCAGCGCCCACCAAGACCACAAAAUCCGCGUCUGGAAAAUCAGCGACACCAAACACGAACAUGACGUUGACGAGCAUAAAAAAUACACGCACGUGGCCACACUCCCCACUCUCGGAGACCGCGCCUCGAAGGUUCUGAUCCCGAAGAACCAUGUCCAAAUCCGAAGGCACAAGAAGUGCACGUGGGUUCAUCACGUGGACACCGUGUCCGCGCUCGCCCUGUCGAAAGACGGGACCUUGCUGUACUCCGUUUCGUGGGACAGGAGCAUAAAAAUGUGGAGAACGAAGGACUUCGCGUGUGUGGAGUCUGUGACGAACGCACACGACGACGCCAUAAACGCGGUGGCGGUUUCUUACGACGGGCGCGUGUACACGGGAUCAGCAGACAAGAGAAUCAAGGUGUGGAGGAAGGAGGAAGGGGAAAGAAAACACACGCUGGUGGAGUGUUUGGAGAAGCACAAUUCCGGGGUGAAUGCUUUGGCUCUGAGCAGUGACGAGAGGCAUUUGUAUUCGGGUGCAUGCGAUAGAUCGGUGUUGGUUUGGGAGAAAAAGGGAGAGAGAAUGGGGUUGGUGGGUGCGUUGAGGGGCCAUACAAAAUCCAUUUUGUGUUUGGCUGUUGCGGGUGAUUUGGUGUGCAGUGGCUCUGCUGAUAAAACGAUAAGAAUUUGGCGAGGCUUUCAUGCACAGUAUUCUUGUUUAGCUGUUUUGGAAGGACACGGUGGUUCGAUCAAGUGUUUAACUGCCGUGCUUGACCACUGUAACCCGUCGCACUCCCAGACAUCUUUUCUUGUCUACAGUGGCGGUUUGGACUGCGACAUUAAGGUUUGGCAGAUUUUGGUUCCUUCUAUCUGAAUCAUAGGACCCAUGAUCCUGUUCCUUCUGUUUUGUAAAGGGCAAUUUAGCCUUUUUGUUUUGUUCACCCUAAUUUUUUGUUGAUCAUAUGAACUGUAUACGAUCUCUCCCCUUUGCCCCUCCUUUGACUAAAAGAUGUUUGUGUUGUGUGUGGAAAUAAAUAAAGCCAAAUAUUUUAUUGAGCUGGCCAUUGUUCGGCCGACAAUAA